AUGAGCAGUCUCCUUGGAGCGACCGCCUCCGUAGUCGCUCCGCUGGUGCCUCGCCGCAGCACUCUCGUCAGCGUGUCCCUCUCUCCACACAGCAGCUGCGUGAGUGGUACGUUAGCCGUCAGGGUCGCGCUGCUGGAGCUGGGGGCCCCGCUGGCGUUGGAGGUACUGGAGCUGGUGACUCUGCUACUGGAGGCGCUUCUGCUGACGUCACUGGAGCUGGGGGUGCCGGUUCUGGGGGUCCUGCGGCUGCUGGUGAGCGGUCUCCUUGGAGUGGCCGCCUACGUAGUCACACUCGUCGGCGUGAGCCUCUCUCCCCACAGCAGCUACACGAGUGGUACGCUCGCCGUCAGGGUCGCGCUGCUGGAGCUCCGGACUCUGCCGCUGGUGGCGCUUCUGCUGACGUCACUGGAGCUGGGGGUGCCGGUUCAGAGGGUACUGGAGCUGGUGAGCGCGGAGCAGGCGACGCUGGAGCGGCUGGGUCUGAGGACCCUAGAGUUGGUGGUACUGCUGACCCUGCCGCAGGAGGUGCUGUUGGAGCUGCUGGCCCUGGAGCUGGGAGUGGUGCUAGUACUUUGUGCUGGAGGUGCUGGAGCCGCUGGUCCCGGAGGUGCUCGUACUGGAGGUACUGGAGCUGCUGGGGCUGGAGGAGCUACUGGACCUGGUGGUCCUCCUGCUGGAGGUACUGGGGCUGGAGACCCUGGAGCUGGUGCUGUCGACCCUGGAGCUGGAGGUGUCGGUCCUGGGGGUGCUGCUACUGGACGUCCUGAGGCUGGAGACCCUGGCGCUGGAGGUGCCGGUUCUGGGGGUGCUGCUGCUGGUGGCGCUGGAGCUGGAGGUGCUGGCGCUGGAGGUUCUGGAGCUGCUGGAGGCGCUGGAGCUACUGGUGCUGGUGGCACUGCUGCGCAGCGGCUGUUCUUCUCUCCGCUGUCACCGUCGUCUCUGCCGCCGUCUGGCUCCGUGCUUCGCCAGGUUCUUAGCCUCCCGUCUUCUACUGGUCUUUCGUUACAGCCUGGCUCACCACUGCCUGCUCCUUCUCCUUACACUGAGCAGACAGGAGGUCCUGCUGAGCGUCGUGAGCCUGCGUCUCGUCCUGUCUCGCCUGUUCGCACUGUUCGCACUGGUCGUCGUGUUCCUCGUGAGCGUCCGCCGGCUGUCCCCGGCACGCACCUCAUGGCCCUUCGUCCUUCCUCUGCUCCGCAGCGUGUUCCCCUGCCGUCCCCUCUUGCGUCUUCUCUACCUUACGUUCCAGACCCUGAGUCUGACCACGUUCGUGCUGCUCACCCUACUGUCACGCGUCUGCUUGCCACUGUUGUCACUGACCCUUCGUUUGAGUCCACUGCUGCGUCUGCCUUAGUCGCUGAGCUUGUUGACUUUGCUGCUGCCUGUCGUCUAGACUACGCUGCUAGUCUUGUUGCUGAGUCUGAGUCUGUCUGUCCUCCGUCCGUCGGGGGUGAGUGUGCUCUUAGCACGGACGUCCUUGAGGACAGGCAGGAGGACUUUGAGUGUCUUGCAGCCGCUGUGCCUCAUCUCGUGGCCAUGCUGCUUGCCCCUGAGGGAGAACCGGAUGCACCAGACAUCCCGACCCCGCGCUCUUACGUUGAGGCGAUCGCGGGUGAGUACUCCUCUCAGUGGCAGGUAGCCAUGGACGCAGAGAUGGCAUCCUGGAAGUCCACAGGCACUUACGUCGAUGAGGUUCCCCCUCCUAGGGCGAACAUCGUCGAUGGCAUGUGGAUUUUCAGGGUGAAGCGACCGCCUGGUUCUCCGCCUGUCUUCAAGGCUCGUUACGUUGCUAGAGGCUUCAGUCAGCGUCAGGGAGUUGACUUCUUCCAGACCUUCUCCCCCACCCCGAAGAUGACCACUCUUCGGGUGCUGCUGCACGUUGCCGCUCAGCGUGACUACGAGCUUCACUCUCUGGACUUCAGCACAGCCUUCUUACAGGGCAGCCUGCACGAGGAGAUCUGGCUGCGCCGCCCACCUGGCUUCACUGGGUCGUUUCCUCCUGGUACCCAGUAG